AUGGCCCCUAGUCAAAGAGAUGGUGAUAAUGAAGCCGCCUAUGGUUUCGUAUACGGAGUCUCCGGACCUGGUUAGUUUUUAUCUAGAAAAACCUUCAAUAACUGGAAAAUUUCCAGUCGUAACUGCUGAAAAAAUGGCCGGAUCUGCUAUGUACGAGUUGGUUCGUGUCGGUCAUCAAGAACUUGUCGGAGAAAUUAUUCGUCUUGAAGGAGAUUUCGCCACCAUUCAAGUAUACGAAGAGACAUGUAAGCAAUGAUUUCGGCGCGUUUUUACACAUAAAAAACUUCUAAAUUUUCCAGCCGCUGUCACCAUUGGAGAUCCAGUACUCAGAACUGGAAAACCACUUUCAGUUGAAUUGGGACCAGGUAUCAUGGGUUCAAUUUUCGACGGAAUUCAACGUCCAUUGAAAGACAUUGCUGAUAUGACUCAAUCUAUCUACAUUCCAAAAGGUUUGUGAGGAAAAUCGGCCUAUAUAGAAAAACUAGAGUUAUGUAAAAUUCUAGGAGUCAACACCAAAGCUCUUUCCCGCGAAGCUCGUUGGGACUACAAAGUGUCGAAAGAACUCAGAGUCGGAGCUCACGUUACUGGAGGAGAUGAGCUCGGAACUGUUGAUGAGAACUUGCUCAUCAAACACAAGAUCUUGCUUCCACCAAAUGCUUGCGGAACAGUCACAUUUGUUGCUCCAUCAGGACAAUACACCGUUGAAGAUGUUCUUCUUGAAGUUGAAUUCGCUGGACAAAAACAAAAGUUCACCAUGCUCCAAGUUUGGCCAGUUCGUUCUCCACGUCCAUGCGCUGAAAAGGUUGGUUUCUCCUUAAAAUAACCUUUAAGAAUCUCCUUAACUCUAAUAUUGCAGCUCGCCGCCAACAACCCGCUUCUUUGCGGUCAACGUGUUUUGGACGCUUUGUUCCCAUGUGUCCAAGGAGGAACCACCGCUAUUCCAGGAGCUUUCGGAUGUGGAAAAACUGUCAUCUCUCAAUCACUCUCCAAAUACUCCAACUCUGACGCUAUCAUCUACGUAGGAUGCGGUGAACGUGGAAACGAAAUGUCUGAAGUACUUCGUGAUUUCCCAGAACUCACCAUGGAAGUCGAAGGUGUCACCACAUCCAUCAUGAAGCGUACCGCUUUGGUCGCCAACACUUCAAACAUGCCUGUCGCCGCUCGUGAAGCUUCCAUCUACACCGGUAUCACACUUGCCGAAUAUUUCCGUGAUAUGGGUCUCAAUGUGGCUAUGAUGGCUGAUUCCACUUCUCGAUGGGCCGAAGCUCUUCGUGAGAUUUCGGGACGUCUCGGAGAAAUGCCAGCCGAUUCCGGUUAUCCAGCCUACCUUGCCGCUCGUCUCGCCUCCUUCUACGAACGUGCCGGUAAAGUCAAGUGUCUCGGAAACCCAGAACGUGAAGGAUCCGUCACCAUUGUCGGAGCGUAAGUUGUUCAUUUUUAAGCCCUGAAGCCUCUGAUCAAUAAUUUUGCAGCGUCUCACCACCAGGAGGAGAUUUCGCCGAUCCAGUCACAUCCGCCACCCUUGGUAUUGUCCAAGUGUUCUGGGGAUUGGACAAAAAACUUGCGCAAAGAAAACAUUUCCCAUCCAUCAACUGGCUUAUUUCAUACAGGUAA